UAUGAUUCUAUGAUUCUAUGACUUGGCUACUACAGUAACUAGAAAGAUGAGUGUGAAUGGAGGGGGGCGGGGGAGGGGGACAGCAAUUCAUUCAUUAGCUUCCAAAGUAGUCUGAGGCUGACGUGCUGAUAGUAAACAAAACCACAACAAAUUCCAACAGCUCUCGCAGGGAGGAUGAGCAUUCCACGUAAAACAAAACAAAUAAAUAAAUAUUUCCACCAUAUCAAAGCGGCUCGGAACUCCAGCCAACUCCAAGGCAGCAGGGAUCCUGAGUAAUCGCAUCUGAAUUUCCUGGAAAGGAAAACGCCCAUUUGCAGAAACAAAAAAGAGAAAGCGAAACCAGCUCUCUCACACACGCACUUACUCUCUUCCUGACGACUCCGCCAUGGCUGCUUCAGGGGGUCCCGUGAAGGAUCUCUUCGAGGAAGCCACUUGCUCCAUCUGCCUGGAGUAUUUCAGGGAUCCAGUGAUCAUCCCGGAGUGCGGGCACAACUUCUGUCGAUCCUGCCUGAUCCAGUAUUGGGGGAAAUCCGAGGCAAAGGCUUCCUGCCCAGAAUGCAGAAAAACAGUUCAGGAAAAGAACCUCAUCCCCAAUCGGUCGCUGGCAAAUGUUGCAGAAAAAGCCAAGAUGCGGGCAGAAGCAAAGGAAAGAGUCUGUGAGAAGCACCAGGAGCCCCUGAAGCUCUUCUGCAAGGAGGAAGAAAGCCCCAUCUGUGUCGUCUGUAAUGUAUCCAAGGAGCACAAAGGCCACAAGAUGGUUCCUCUAGAGGAGGCUUUCCAGGAGUACAAGGAUCAGAUCAGCACCUGCCUAGACAAUUUGAGGAAGGAGAGAGAAAAAAUUCUAGUACUUAAAGCAAACACAGAAAAGGAAACCCAAGACCUGCUUAAACAAACAGAUGCAGAGAGGGAAAAGAUGGUGGCUGAGUUCAAGCGACUGCGCCAGUUUCUGGAAGAACAAGAGAAACGUAUUCUGGCCCAGAUGGCAGAGGUGGAGAAGGAGAUUGCGAAGAAAAGGGAGGAGCACCUGGCCAGACUCUCCAGGGAACUCUCCUCUUUUGAACACGCCAUCCGGGAGAUGGAGGAGAAGCUUCAGGAACCAGCGAGUGAACUCCUGCAGGAUAUUGGAAGCUUCUUGCAAAGGUCUCAGGCAAAGCAGAAAUUUCAGAACCCCCCUGAGGCUUUUCCUCUUGCCCUGAAGUGGAGGAUCUGCGACUUUUGUGAUAUGACUCCUUUCCUGGAAGCUGUCAUGAAGAAAUUCAGAGACACUAUGGAAUAUGGACUUGAGCUGCGAAAAGAAAACAUAACUUUGGAUCCAGACACAGCACAUCCACGCCUCAUCCUGUCUGAGGAUCGAAAGAGUGUGAGACAGGGAGAAGUGCGUCAAGACCUGCCAGACAACCCUGAGAGAUUUGACACACAAACCUAUGUGCUGGGAUGUGAGGGUUUCACAUCAGGCAGACAUUUCUGGGAGGUCACUGUGGGAAGCGAGAGGGGAUGGUGGGUGGGGGUGGCCAGAAAGUCUGUGAAGAGAAAGGGUGUUUUCUCUUCUGGUCCUAUGGAAGGGAUCUGGGUUUUUGGGAAGAGGGGUGGUUUGAUCAGGUUAUUCUCCCCCCAAGUUCUGCUACCCCUCAAGAGGAUCCGAGUGGCCCUGAACUAUGAAGGGGGACGGGUGUCCUUUUACGAUGCAGAUACAGCAGCCCUUCUCCGUGCAUUUCCAGCAGCCUCCUUCUCAGGAGAGACCCUCCAGCCCUUCUUUUAUGUGUCCGCCAAAGGCCACUUAGCACUCUCUGAGGGUAGAGACAGACAAGGUUCCAGGUUUGCUGCUGAAUAUGCUUCUCUGUGCCACCUGUCCUACAGCCACCAAGGAUUCAUUCAAUUAUAUAUAUAUGGAGCUCCACCCAACUCCAAGGCAGCAGAGAUCCUGAGUAAUCGCAUCUCAAUUUCCUGGAAAGGGAACACGCCCAUUACAGACGCAACAGAGAGAAAACGAAACCAGCUCUCUCUUCCGGGCGAGGCAGCAGCCAUGGCUGCUUUUGAGGGUCCCGUCCGCGAUCUCAGCGAGGAAGCCACUUGCUCCAUUUGCCUGGAUUAUUUCAGGGAUCCGGUGAUCAUCCCGGAGUGCGGGCACAACUUCUGCCGAUCCUGCCUGACCCAGUAUUGGGGGAAAUCUGAGGGAGAGGCUUCCUGCCCUCAGUGCAGGGAAAACGUUGAGCAAGGCAGCAUCAGGCGAAACCUGCAGCUGGCAAAUUUUGUAGAAAUAAUUAAGAAAUUCAACCAUCUGGGGGGAAAAGAGGGAAAGGAGGGAGAAGGAAAAGGAAGGGUCUGUGAGAAGCACCAGGAGCCCCUGAAGCUCUUCUGCAAGGAGGACGAAAGCCCCAUCUGUGUGGUGUGUGACAGAUCCAAGGAGCACAAAAGCCACGAGGUGGUUCCUCUGGAGGAGGCGUCACAGGAGUACAAGGAUCAGAUCAGCAGCUGCCUAGACAAUGUGAGGAAGGAGAGAGAAAAAAUUCUUGUAUUUAAAGCAAACACAGAAAAAGAAAGCCAAGACCUGCUUAAACAAACAGGUGCAGAGAGGGAAAAGAUGGUGGCUGAGUUCAGGCGACUGCACCAGUUUCUGGAAGAACAAGAGAAACGUAUUCUGGCCCAGAUGGCAGAAGUGGAGAAGGAGAUUGCAGCCAAAAGGGAGGAGCACCUGGCCAGACUCUCCAGGGAACUCUCCUCUCUUGACAGCCUCAUCCGGGAGAUGGAGGAGAAGCUUCAGGAACCAGAGAGUGAACUCCUGCAGGAUAUCGGAAGCUUCUUGCAGAGGUCUCAGGAGAAGGAGAACUUAGAGGCUCCUCCUGUGGCUUUUCCUCCUGCCCUGAAGUGGAGGAUCUGGGACUUCGGAGAUAUAAAUCCCUUCCUGGAGGGAGUCAUGAAGCAAUUCAGAGACACUGUGGAAUAUGGACUUCGGCUGCAAAAAGAAAGCGUAACUUUGGAUCCAGACACAGCACAUCCCCUCCUCACCCUGUCUGAGGAUCGAAAGAGUGUGAGAGAGGGAGGAGUGCGUCAAGACCUGCCAGACAACCCUAAGAGAUUUGACACAUGUUGCUGUGUUCUGGGGGGUGAGGGUUUCACAUCAGGCAGACAUUUCUGGGAGGUCAUUGUGGGAAGAGAGGAGGGGUGGGGGGUGGGGGUAGCCAGAAAGUCUGUGAAGAGGAAGGGGGUUUUGUAUUUUAAUACUACAGAAGGGAUCUGGGGUUUGGGGAAGUCGGAUGGUGAGCUCAAGUUCUGCUCCCCCCGUAAGGCCCCUGUUCCAUGUGAGGAGCCCGAGAGGAUCCGAGUGACCCUGAACUGUGAGGGGGGAAGGGUGUCCUUUUACGAUGCUAAUACAGCAGCCCUUCUCCAUGCAGAUACAGCAGCCCCCUUCUCAGGAGAGACCCUCCAGCCCUACUUUUUCGUGAGCAAGAAAGGGAACCUGAGACUCUCUUGACUGAAGGUGCAGA